AUGUCGAGUAGGUCGAGCUUCUUCGCCAGUUGGGUUCUUCUUCUACUUUUGGGCAUGGCAAUGGUGGCGUCGGCACAGGUAAAUACGAAUACGACUAUUUUGGUAUUUAAAAAACCUUUUUGUUAUCAUGAACUUUGUAAUAUAAAAAAAAAACUUUUUUCUUUCUAGUCGAGGCAAAAAAGACCUGAUAAAUUUUGCAGUUUUCAUCGCAGCAAGAGUUGCAAAAAGAGUGCUGCGAGCAAUGCUUUGUGACCCAAAAACAUCUGCUCAGCUAUGCCCUUGUGCAGCGACAGGUCAUUUUUAUCUCGACAGUACAAUGGCGGACCUGAGCUAGUGGCAAAAAACGUACCAUUUUGCAUCCGGGAAGUAUCAAAAAAUGUAGCAAAAUGCCUCUCUCUCCAAGCGAAAAAACUCCGAUUUCAAAAGCGCGCCCUUCAAAACGCCGUUUUUUUAGUUGGUGAGUGAGGCAGUUUGCUAUAUUUUUUCAUACUUUAAGGAUGCAAAAUGGCAAGUUUUUUUCGGACACUGGGGCCAAUGCGCUAUCUGAAAGUUUGCUGAAAGUUAGCUGAAAAUGGUAGGGCGUAGCUCGGAAAACAAGCAUUCGCAGCUCGCCGGAGCUAAAUUUCGGCUUGUUUUCGAACUGCGCCCAAGACGCGAGCUGCGCCCGUGCAAAAUCUCCGAGCUGCGCCCUAUGAUUUUCAGCAAACUUUCAGACAACGGAUUGGCCCCUCGAUCAGGUCUCUCGCUGCACUUUUCUUUAUUGUUUUCGCUAAACAAUCAAAAAAACCACAAAGCAGUCAAAAAGUCUUCUUUACCAUCUUUUUCAGAGUCACAAAUACAAACGAUUACCGCCUUGGCGCUUUGCCGGCAACGAUCUUCAAGAUGUAAGUGUGAAUUGUCAUCAUGUGUUGUUUCAAAAUCAGCCAUCAAUUUUUUAUUUCUAUUCGUCUUUUUUCAGUUCCUAAUGUCCAAACGCUCCCAAAUUCAGCCCGAACAGAAUGAUUACGUGGACCCGUCGGUGUUUCAGGCAGAUAUUCGCGAGGUAAGCGCAUGUAUUCCACUUUGAAAUUGGCUGAAAAUCUUCUAACGCAGCUCGAAAAGACUUAAUCUAAAAUAUAUCUCAAAUAUUUUCAGUUAGACCAGCCAGCCAAGCUGGUGAUCCUACGUCCAACGCAAGACUGGAGGCAGUUCCAAAAACGCCUCUCCCUUCCGUUCAUCUCCAUGAAUCUGAUCUGA